AUGAGGUCUUUCAUCACCGCCGUCCUUUUCGCCGGUGCUGCUUCGGCGCACACAAUCUUCCAGCAGAUCGGUAUCAAUGGAGUAAUGCAGACACGAUAUGACUUUAUGCGUCUGCCCACCUACGACGGGCCCAUCACCGAUGUCACAGCCACUGAGAUGGCCUGCAACGGCGGUCCUAACCCUCUUGUUAUGAUCUCACCCAACGUUGCUACUGUUGCUGCUGGGUCUCAAAUCACUCUGCAAUGGUCACACACUCUUGACACCGACCUCUCCACCGGCCUCGUCAUCGAUGCCUCCCACAACGGGCCCGUCCUUGUAUACAUGGCCAAGGUCUCCUCUGCCACCGGUGCCAUCCCCAACUCUGGCUGGUUUAAGAUCUACGAGGACGGUUACAGCAACGGCCAAUGGGCCGUUGCCAAGCUCAUUGCAAACCAGGGCAAAGUCACCGUUACAAUCCCCUCCUGCAUCGCCCCCGGCGACUACCUCUUCCGUGGUGAACUGAUCGCCCUGCACGCGGCGUCCAGCUACCCCGGUGCCCAGCUCUACAUGGAGUGUGCACAGCUCCGCGUCACUGGCGGCGGUUCCACAACACCGGCUACCUACAACAUUCCCGGUAUCUAUGCUGGCACUGACCCCGGGAUCAAGUUCAACUUGUACACUACCCCGGUGUCGUACACUAUCCCUGGACCGGCCGUUUUCUCGUGCAGUGGUGGAAGUACUACUCCUGCUUCUUCGUCAGCUGCGGCGGUGGUCUCCACCACUAAGACCACCACUACUGCUGCUGCGGCUACGACGACUGCUGCGAGCUCUGGGACUGCAGUUGCGCAGUGGGGUCAGUGCGGAGGGGCGACGUAUACGGGAUCGACUACUUGUGUGUCGGGAUCGACUUGUGUCAAGUUGAAUGACUACUACUCUCAAUGCCAGUAA